AAGAAAGGUAAGGCUUCAGUUUCACAUAUUCUCCUAUUAGAAACAGCAGACAGUGGUGACAGGAGUGUGGCUCUGUGAGAGCAGUCAUGGAUGGGAGUCUGUUUGUGCUGCUUCUGCUGUCAGGGCUCUUCUGGAGCAGUUCUGCUCUUUCUCGUCAGUAUCACUAUAUAAAUGUGAGAAUGUCGUGGCCAGAGGCUCAGAGUUACUGCAGAGAGAGAUUCACUGAUCUGGCUACUGUAGACAGCAUGGAUGAUGUGAACAGGCUGGUAAAUAUAGUGGAUGCUGGAUACAGUGGAUCAGUGUGGAUUGGACUGAAGAGGGGGACACAGAAACGCUGGGGUUGGUCUAAUGGAGAAAACACAACUUCUCAGUACUAUAACUGGGAUUCAGAACAGCCAGAUGAGGAUGGGGAUUGUGUAGCUACUGUUAACGGUGUUUGGCAUGAUAUGUCAUGUGCUAAUAAGCGAUAUUUUGUGUGCUAUGAAAAUUCUGGAUACAACAUGAUACAGAGCCCUAUAACCUGGAGUGAUGCUCAGAGUUACUGCAGACAGAAUUACACAGACCUGCCCACCAUCAACAACUCUGAGCAAAAUAACCAGAUAAAUAAGAUUCUUUUAUCUGGAUGUUACAUCUGGAUUGGUCUGUUCCGGGACUCUUGGGAAUGGUCUGAUAAAUGGAGUCUCUUCUUCAGACACUGGGCAGCAGGUCAACCAUCCCAGAGUUCAGGAUCUGAUGACUGUGUUGGUAUGUCAAGAACUGAUUCUGGGAAAUGGACUCAAUACAGCUGUGAUCUACAGCAGCCUUUUAUCUGCUAUGGAGGUGAUUCUGCUCUUUCUCGUCAGUAUCACUAUAUAAAUGUGAGAAUGUCGUGGCCAGAGGCUCAGAGUUACUGCAGAGAGAGAUUCACUGAUCUGGCUACUGUAGACAGCAUGGAUGAUGUGAACAGGCUGGUAAAUAUAGUGGAUGCUGGAUACAGUGGAUCAGUGUGGAUUGGACUGAAGAGGGGGACACAGAAACGCUGGGGUUGGUCUAAUGGAGAAAACACAUCUUCUCAGUACUAUAACUGGGCUUCGGGACAGCCAAAUGGGGAUGGAGAUUGUGUAGCUACUGUUAACGGCGUUUGGCAUGAUAUGUUAUGUAACUAUAAGCAAUAUUUUGUGUGCGUUGUAGAAAAUUUUGGAUACAUCUUAGUACAGAGCGCUAAAAGCUGGAGUGAAGCUCAGAGUUACUGCAGACAGAAUUACAGAGACCUGCCCACCAUCAACAACUCUGAGCAAAAUAACCAGAUAAAUAAGAUUCUUUUAUCUGGAUGGUACUUCUGGAUUGGUCUGUUCCUGGACUCUUGGGAAUGGUCUGAUAAAUGGAGUCUCUUCUUCAGACACUGGGCAGCAGGUCAACCAUCCCAGAGUUCAGGAUCUGAUGACUGUGUUGGUAUGUCAACAACUGAUUCUGGAAAAUGGGCUCAAUACAGCUGUGAUCUACAGCAGCCUUUUAUCUGCUAUGGAGAUGCUAAAUUAAUUAGAAAUCAGAUUGUCCGACUGAAAUUGGCCUGUAAUGGAAAAUGCUCAUUGAAUGAUCCUUCGCAGACGGCCAUUCUGAAUGAGAUAAGUAUAAAGCUGAAGAGCAUGGGACUGGAAGGGGAAAGUAAAAUAAGCUGGAGAAAGAGUGAAGGUGGAGAGGUGUUUCAUCAGCAGAGCAACCGUACAGAAAAUUGUAAUAAUAAAAGUGAUAGACAGUAAUCUGUGUACACAUUUAAAUAUAUUAAAGUGUAUUAAAGAUGCUUCAGAGUUGUCAGCAUAUUUUAGAAACAAUACACCAUGUAAAUAGAACAGAAGUAUGCAUGGAAGCAGGGGCGUAGAUUACGCGGGGGACGCG